CGUGGGUUUACUGUUAUGAACCAGAAAAUAAACGACAGUCGAUGCUUCGAAAAAUCAACCCCGAAAGAAGAAUCAUCCUCCACCAAGACAAUGCAACCUCGCACACAGUCCAAAAACAAGGCAGUCUUUAAGGGAAGAAAACGUGGAAUUAUUGGACCAUCCUCCAUAUAGUCCCGAUCUAAGUCCUAACGAUUUCUUUACUUUCCCGAAAAUUAAAGACAGACUGCGUGGUCAAAGGUUCCAGUCACCAGAAGAAGCAGUUGACGCAUUCAAAAAUGCCAUUUUGGAACUGCCAGCAAACGAGUGGAAU